AUGUCCGAACAAAACACUGCCUUUGGACUGAUAUCGGCAACUUUAGCCACUGCCCUUUAUGGGUCUUGUUAUGUGCCAGUGCGAUGGUUCGAAGCUGGGGACGGUAUGUACUUCCAGUGGUUAAUGUGCAUAGGCCAAUUGCUAGCAGGCGUUGGCUUUCUAGCCCUUACUGACUGGCCACCGAUUUAUCCCCUCGCAAUGCUUGGCGGAAUGUUCUUUGCAGUUGGAAAUGCGCUCACCAUCACAAUAAUGGAUGGUAUAGGAAUGGCUGUAGGCUCGUUACUGUGGAAUACAGUAACUUGCGUAAUAGGUUGGGCUGUAUCCCGAUUUGGAUUAUUCGGGAGCCUUAAAAAAGUACCGUACGACAAUGUUAUGAACAUCAUCGGUGUGAUAGUCGUCUGUGUUGGGAUAGCUAUGAAGAGGGUUACCAACAGGCUGCUAGUUCUAUUGACCUCGCCUCCGAAUUGCCUUUUGAGGCUAUGUUGCUGCAUCGUCAAAAGCCGCUGCUCUCCACUUGCGCCAAAAAAAAGUGAAACCGGUGGUGGCUCGCUCACCUAUACAACGUUUUUCUUCUCUUUCUGCCUGGGAGCUCUAGUCACAUCAACCAUUAUCUUCUCAUGUUAUUCAGUUUACAGAAGGAAUCGACCAUUCAUCAAUCCUGAGCUAACUGCCCCUUCUCUGCUAUCGGGUUUGAUGUACGGAACCGCGACAUGUUUCUUCUUCUCUGCUAACCAGCAUCUUGACCCGAUUGUUGCCUAUCCAAUUCUUGCCAAAGCGCCUGGUAUUGUUUGUGCACUAUGGGCAAUCUUGCUUUUCAAAGAAAUUAAGGGUCGUUGGGACGUUUUGCAUUUGUUCGCCGGCAUAUGUGUUACCUUGAUCGGUAUUACGUUGAUCACAGUGUCAAAGGUUAAAUUAUUUUAA